AUGAAAUUCUCUAAUUUUUGUUUAUUAACAGUUGUUGUCAUUUUAUUUUCGCCAGGAUGUUUUGCAUUUCUGACAGAUAGCGAAUUCAAAAAACUCGCCAAUUUGGCCAAUAAAGUUACCAUAUCAAUUAAAGAAACAACCAAAGAAAUUCUAUCUGAAUCUAUUGAAGUUAUCUCAAAUUUUCCAUUUAUCCCUCUUAUGAAUCUUACCAAAGAUAAAUUUAUUGAACUUAUUUCAAAUUUUCCAUUUAUCCCUCUUAUGAACCUUAACAAAGGAAUUCUAUCUAAAUUUAUUGAAUUUAUUUCAAAUUUUUCAUUUAUCCCUCUUAUGAAUCUUAUUAAUGGAACUGUCUUUCAUAUUAAGGAAUUUAUUCAAGGUUUUACGAAUGAGAUUGUAACUGCAACUAUCGGAGCAACGGUUGGUUGCUUUUCAUUAGGGGCUUUUGUGAUGAUAAUUAAAGGUAUCGGGUUUCAAGUAGUAGGAAUCCUUGCUGAUUCUACAGCAGCAACAAUGAUGUCUUUCCUUGGAACCGCUUCAUGGAGUAUCGUCCCAAUUUUACAAUCUAUUGGUGCUGCAGGUUUCAGUAGUUUAACUAUUAUUGGAUUUCCUAUAUUUUGUGGGCUAUUAUUUUUAUAUCUGAAAACGUAA